UUUUAAUCAAAGAAGUGAGCAGCUGGGACAUGAACAGACACUCACAUGGGACGCAGGCCCCGUGAGCCGUGGCUUUACAGCUCCGUCACAGCACCGCUGACUUGAGUGACAGAACAUUUGAUGUAGCGUCGCGAUGCCAGUGACGCUGCACCAUGGUUUGAGGCGAUCAUUCAGGGGGUGAAGAGAAAGGAGUGGAUACAUUGAGUCUGCAAAAGGCAAAAUUAUGGAAGAUGCUAAGACUAGAAAUGAAAAGGUUUGAAAUAUCCUACAGGGUUUAAUUUCAAAACACUAAAAUCAAACCCUCUCUCAACCUGAGAAAGAAUUUCUCAUUUCUUUCUUUUUUUAAAGUGGCAAGGUUCCUGUGCAAACCAGCGUGGGGCAGCACCUGCUGUGGUUUCCUGCUCUGACAUCAGAAGGCGCCAUUGUGACGUCAUGCCCGCUGCCUGCACAAAGCCUUGGCUGGGCCUGGGUUCUGUCAUUUGCCCAGGAAGUGCUGUCCCGGGGACCUGGGGCUGGGAACAGCUGCCUGUGUUUCACUUGUUUGGUUUUUGUUCUUCAAGCUGCUUUUUUUUGGUCCAAUUUGUUUUUUCUUUUUCUGUUUUGUUUAUUUUUUUUCCUAUUUUUUUCCUCCAGCAUUCAUAGUCUUUUUCCCUUACUUAUUGAUUUUCCUUGGAUAUUUCAUUUCCAUUUGUAUUUUUUCUUCAUUUUUUUCCUUGGCUUCCCCCUUGUUUCUGGUUGUUCUUUAUAUUUUCUUACAUUUUGGGUUUCCCUUUGUUCACUUUGAGUUUUUUCUCAUUUAAUUCCCUUUCUUUAAUAAGACCGUGAGGCCGUCUGCUUUGGUUGUUAUACAGUUCAGUUUCUUGGGAUUUUUUUCUUUAUGGUUUAUUAUGUAUUUGUGUUUUCUCACUUUUAACUGUUUCGAUAGGGUUAGUCUCAGUUGUUAGUCCAGUUGAGUUCAUUUGGUUCCUGUUUUCUGUUGGUGAUGUGACCUGACUUUGUCCAUUUUGUGUUCUGAUUUCUGUUCAUUUGAUUUCUGUUUGUUUCAUCUUUGUGCUCAAGUAGUCAGAGCCAUGAGAGCUGAUCUGUGUCAGCUGCUGGCUCGGGGUCUCCCAGACGUCAGCCCUGCUGACCCUUCCUGGGGGAGCCCUGGAGAGGGAGAGGAAUCCGGAGGAAGAAUCGGAUCCUGCUGCUCCUGUUGGGUCAAAUUUGUUUUUCUUUUUCCAUGUUGGUUACUUUGUACUUUUUCUAUUUUGUUUCCUGCCACCAUUCAUGUUCAUUUUGUGUUUUCUCAUUUUAACAUUUUCUUCCAUAGAACAGUCUCCUUGUUGGUGUGGUGUAGUGGAUACAGUUCAUGUUUUCUGUUGGUAACGGGAGCAGAGUGAGUUUGUUCAUUUUUGUGUUUUGAUUUCUGUUCAUUUGAUUUCUGUUGUUGCAUUUUCAUUUGUGCACCACUCGUCUCCCUUCCUGGGAGCCCCGGGAGAGGGAGAAGAAUCCCGAGGCCAGAAUUCCAACCUGGGGACUUCCUGGGGUGGGGACCGAUGUCAGGUCCCCCAAGCCCUCUGUGUCCCCAUGGCUCCCGCGUCCCUCAGCAGAGCGGGGCAGGAGGUGUCCAUGGCGGCUCCUGGCCCGAGCUGAGAAGGCUGUCAGGUGCUCUGCUGCCCUGUUUGCCCUGGCUCGCCAAGGUUCCAAGACCAAAGAAGCCCCAGGAACCUGAUCUGCACCAGCAAGAAGACUUCCUGUGGAAGGACCUCUUGGUGGUCACCAUGAUCGUCCAUAGGAAGAUGGACUCCGAGACGCCCAGCUCAGAAUCCUCGCCCUUCCUGAAGAGGUGUUGAGUGUCCCUUGUCCUCGCUGCCCCCAGGACAGGACCCUGUGGCACCUCUGGCUGCCCCAAUGAUUGUCCACCGGAAGAUGGACUCUGAGAUGCCCAGCUUCAGAAUCCUCGCCCUUCCUGAACAGGUGUUGAAUGUCCUCAUCCUCAGUGCCCCAAGGACAGGACCCCGUGGCUUCUCUGGCUGCCCCCAUGUUACACAACCGUCCUCUCGAAGAUGGACUCCAGGAUGCCCAGCUUAGAAUCCUCGCCCUUCCAGGAGAGGUGUUGAAUGUCCCUCGUCCUCACUACCCCAAGGACAGGACCCCGUGGCUGCUCCAUCUCUGGGGAGCAGCUGCUGCCUGGGAAGAACCUCGUUGCCUCUGUUGGUGCCCAUGUAUUGCCCUGUACUACUGCCUCUGUGCCUGCAACGAACAGAUUUAUGAGUUAGACAGAAAUCAAUUACAUCAAUAAAUAAAUAAUCAAUCAAUAAAUAAAUCAAUAAAUAAACCCCCUGGG